AUGCCCCUCACCAAUGUUUCGCCUCCUAAUAGUUCACACUCUCGGAACCCGGACGCUGUCGAGGACUUGGAAGCCCAGCAGAGAACCACCGAGGAUCUUCAGACAGACAAUGAUGUAGAUACCCGAGGCCCAGGCGCCGAUGUAUUGCACCUUGCAGCGCUGAGGGAGAUUGACCCGACGAACAUCCUCUUCCGCCGCUUCACAGGGCUCGCCUCAUUGUCGCUUGACUUGGAAGCCAAUCAUCUAGAGCAGCUAGGACAUGAUCUCAGGCAGAUGGUCCUCACAGGCGACGAGGGUGUCAAUGACUUCAACGACAAGCUUAUGACGAAACUUGGCCGUUAUCGUACGACACUGGUGCCCAUCUGCUUGGUGCUGGGGACAUGA